AUGUUAUUCAAAGGCAGUGGAGCUUCCUACUGGAGAAUCUCCAAAGCGUGUCAGCAAUGUCGAAUGCGCAAGAUUCGGUGCGAUGGACUGACGCCUUGUGCGAAAUGCUCUGAACGGCAUCUUCGCUGCGAGUAUCGUGAUAAAGCUCGCCAGCGCAGGGAAAAAAGCUCUUCUGGAGUCCAACCAACCUCCGCAGUUAGCCGUGAUACGAUAUCAAGCCCUUCCAGAGUCAUGAACAUGACCCCCGUUUCUUCUUUCCGGCAGCACGUGAAUCGACCCACCGUUCCAUCUCCCAGCAGCGUCACUGCCACACAUCAAGCAUCGCCGAGUCUUUCAAUGGAGUUAUACUACGGUGCCACUUCCAACUUUGCCUUGAUGCAAACAAUAUACCGCGACAUCAUUCCGGGUUACACAGGGGCACCACGAUCGCAGACUAGUGAAGUCGAAGAUGGUGGCGCUGGUCUGGACAUGUUCCAGUUCCGUUCCAUCUUCUUUGGCAUUCCUGACAAUGGACGAGACCCUUCGAGUCAAGCGGGACUGGCCGGUCUCUCCGGAGGAUUUAUAUCAUAUUCAUUGGCAAAGCAACUACUGGAUUGUUUCCUGGGAACCCUCUACCAUCUGGUGCCUUUCCAGCCGCGGGCGCUCUUUGAACAGCAAUUGGAUGAUCUGUACAUAACCACAUUGCACACGCCACGGAACCCGGCUGGAAAGCAUAUUGUCCUUGCUGCUAUCGCCAUAGCGGCUCUGAACACUGAGCACUAUCCGCUGGCGGACGCCCUAGUUUCCAAAAUCAAAAAUGAGACGGCUGCUUUGGCAGAUAUCGUUAAUAUCGAGACCGUGCAGACUUCUAUUAUCCUGAUGAGUUUUCCCGUCAUCGAGAUCCCGCUCCCAGUCGAUCCCUUUCUGACAUGCUUGGUUCACCUAUCCCAGAUCAUGUCGCGAACAGUCGAAGACAUGUACGAAAGGCCACAUGGCUCGUUCCUUGCAAUGGAGAAGACGGCAGCUGCGAUUCUCUCUGAUUUGCGGCAAUUCGAAUCUAUCAUGCAGCGCUGUAUGGGGUUUGGGCUCCGCACUGCCACAUCCGACCAGGGGCAGGGGGUGUGCCAGAUUAUGCUUAGCUCUUGUAGCUCCGCCGUCAACGCUGCCUUUGCCUUGAUUGAUCAUAUUGCGAGAACCUCUCAUCAAAUUCCGACCGCGAAGGAACUCCGAUACCACGGCUUCUUCCUCGGGAGUGCGAUCUUUGCGCUCAUCUACGAUAUGCUGCACGAUACGACUCUGGCUUCCCUUCAUCUUCCACGCAUCAAAAUGGGGCUCCGAUGCCUUUAUAGUAUGCGAGAAGGCGAGCCGAUAGCAAGUACCAUACGAGCGAUUGAACUGGCCUUGGAUAAACUGGGCUUGGAAGCCACAACAAAUCACGAGAAGGUCUGUGCACCUGCAGAGGGGGCUGCGAAUUAUGCUUCUGUGUCAGAGUCGACAGGAUCCCCUGGUAUGGAAAAAGACCAAGGAGUCUGUUCCGAUCAGGGGAAUCCCCAGAAACCUGAUCUGUCAGUCUCAACAUCGGCUCAGCUGCCUGAUUCUGUGACUACAUUGGCAACCUCUCAAUCAGCGGGUAUAGCACCACCUCUCGACCUAGCAUUUGUGGACGAAUUGAGUACCUGGGAGCCAGGGUGGAAUCUCAAUCCGUCUAUUGUGAAUAUGGAAGGGUUCUUUACCUGGCCUACGUUGUACUAG